AUGGAGGCACUGCCGCAGGAGCUGUGGGACCUCGUCAGGGAGUUGGUAACAGCAGCGCGGGUAUGCCGCGACUUCCACCACGCCAUCUUCGCCAACCCGCAAACCCGCGCGCGCUUGACGCCGCGGUUUGAUGAAGUGGAGAGUCAAGAUGUGGUCUUCGAUGACGGCGGGCGCUGCGCCCGCUUCGGCGAUCUCCCGACCGACAUCACCCCCCAAUACCCGGAUCCCAAUUGCAACUCAGCCUAUGUGCACUCAGGCCACACGCUGGCCGCACUCUACUCACCAGCGUCGGCACCGGCUGUGGUGCACUUCCGCAUCGACUGUUUCCCCAACCCGAAUUUCUGUGUGACGGUGACCCAGGCGGUGCGGCCCAAGGGCAAGCGGGAGAAGGCCUUCCUGAUGCACCCAACCUUGCUGGAGAAGACUAUUGCAGUGGCCUACUUUCCUGACGGCGACAUUCUACGAGCUGGGCUGGGACAUCGUUCUACGACCCAGUUCGGCCAGGGCGACAUCAUCAGUGUGCAAGUGGGCCUCCGCGACAUGAAUGCCGCUUCGUCGAACGAGCCCAGCUGGUCCCAGGUUGUUCGUAUGGGUGCACCUACCUCGUUGGAAGAUGCUGUCGUGUCGCACAAUGUGCAUCCCUAUGUGAUCUUUUUCAAGAACUUCCGCAUGGUCCACCACCCCUUGGUGUUCCCCUACAUGGAUGUGUCGGAAUCGCCUCUGCGCGUGGGCGUAUGCUUCACUGAUGCUGGUGAGAAUGUUCGCAUUGUGGCGCCAUUGUCUGCUGGCGAGGGCCAAUUCAAGCCGCUCCUGCCCACUGUACCUGGGACAUCCCCUGCCGUGGUGCUGGCCAGGAAGCCCUCGGUCCCAGUGGCAGACAACCAGACAAAGCGAAGCACGGGCACCAUGAAGAUGCAGCCAGGCUCGUGCCAGCUGUGUUAA